AUGUCGUCGUCAAGUCUCCCUAUUGCACUCACAAACACAGUGAUAAGUCAUCCACCAAAAACAACCACCACCAACCAUGCUUCUUCUUCUCAUUACCAUUAUUCACGUUCCCAAUCACACCUGUUCCCCUCUCAACCCCUGACACUUAGCAAACCUCGCACUAUUGCUGCUGUUCCAAGCACUCCAGGCAUACCGGCGCAUGAGAACGAACCAGAAGCGGAGCUGGUUCCAGAAAUGAUGCCGAAGCAUGUGGCGGUCAUUAUGGAUGGGAACAGGAGGUGGGCGAAAAUGAGAGGUUUGCCGACGUCCGAGGGACACGAAGAAUUAAUGAAGUCGUGGAAAAGGGUGGCGAAACUGUGUAUAAAAUCGGGUAUAAAGGUUCUCACUGCUCUUUUGUUUACUACAGAAAACUGGCGUCGCUCCAAGGAGGAGAUUGAAUUCUUGUUCAAACUCUUUGAAACAACAUUAAGUUCUGAAGCUGAAGCAAUCAUGAGGGAAGGAAUUAAGUUUCGUGUGAUUGGAGAUAUGUCAAAGCUUCCCAGGUCUCUGCAGAAAAUGAUAACUAUUGUUGAAGAGAAUUCAAAGAAUAAUUCAAGAUUCCAAUUUAUUAUGGCAAUUAACUAUGGUGGGAGAUAUGAUAUAGUCCAAGCAUGUAAAAGUGUAGCCAAGAAAGUGCAAGAUGAUAUUAUUCAUUUGGAAGAUAUUAAUGAAAAUAUAAUUGAAAAAGAGUUGGAGACGGAGUUUUCUAACCCUGAUUUACUUAUACGGACAAGUGGAGUACUUAGACUAAGUAACUUCUUAUUAUGGCAAUUGGCAUAUACAGAACUCUACUUUACUCCACAACUUGGGCCAGAUUUUGGAAAAGAUGAAUUUGAAGAGGCGUUAAGUUCAUUUCAACAGAGACAAAGACGUUAUGGUGGAGAUUAA